UUGGCUUGGCCCAGCCCCCACUAUUAUGGGUGUUUAGGGGCUGAACCAACAAGUGAAGGCUCCCUCUGCCUUCCAGGUAACAUGGAAAUCAGUGGAAAUGAAAAACAUAGCUGGUUACCUGCCCGUGGCACCUGCUCCUCCUCAGCCUUCCCCCGUAGCUCAGCCUCACUGCGGGUCCCUGCCACCACCCUUCGGGAGGAGCCAAGUGACUUAGCAUUUGAUGUUUCCUCUGUUCCAGGCCUAGAGGCGAGCUGGAUUGUUUGCUUCUAACGGCUGGUUUAAGGGAAGAGAGUGAGGAUGUUGCACUGUCGUCGGUGGUGACACGGGAGUGGUUGCUUGCUUUGUUUUGCUUCCGCUUCUUUAUAAUCCUUGUGCACUGCUCUGGUUUGUGGAUUCUGCCUGUCCCUGUCAGUCACGCUCACAGCUCCUGCUGGUGUCCCUGGAGCAUGGGAGGCUGCUGAGCUGGAGGGCCGUUGGAGGAGGCAGGAGUGUGUGUCUCCGCCCACGACAGUGAGGGCGUCCAUGGCUGCAGCCAAUAAGGGCAACAAGGCCCGAGUCCGGAGUAUCCGCUUCGCAGCAGGCCAUGAUGCGGAAGGCUCCCAGAGCCAUGUACACUUUGAUGAGAAGCUGCAUGACUCAGUGGUCAUGGUCACCCAGGAGAGUGACAGCAGCUUCCUGGUCAAGGUUGGCUUCCUGAAGAUUCUGCACAGGUACGAGAUCACCUUUACCCUUCCCCCAGUGCACAGACUAAGCAAGGAUGUUGGCGAGGCACCUGUGCCCAGCUUGCACCUCCGGCUGCUCAGCGUUCUGUCUGUCCCAGAAGGUUACAGCGUCAAGUGUGAGUACUCGGCACACAAGGAGGGCGUGCUCAAGGAGGAGAUGCUGCUGGCCUGCGAAGGAGGGGCCGGCACCUACGUGCGAGUGACGGUGCAGGCGCGAGUCAUGGACCGGCACCACGGCACGCCCAUGCUGCUGGACGGUGUCAAAUGUGUGGGCGCUGAGCUUGAAUACGACUCAGAACACAGUGACUGGCAUGGCUUCGACUGAUGCCCCGGUCCUGUCCUCUCGGGGCCUUCCGCCUUAACCCCACCUUGGCUCCCGACAUGCUGCGCAAUGGUGUGGCGUCCCCCCUCCUCCCCGGGAUGGGCAUGGGGGGGGGGAGGGGUGGAGCAUCCAGGGGCCUCCGAUGCCAGGCCUUGCCCAUACUGCUCACCUCUGCCUUCAUUCGUGCCACCACCCUGCCCCUCCCAUGACCUCCUCUCCCACUUCCUCCAUGUGCCUCAGUCUCCUGCCAGAAGCAUUGGGUUGAGCCCCCAUGGGAGGCUAUCUGAGGAGGGAAGUAGGGGCCUGGGGUGGGUCCUACCCAUUCCCUACCCCAGCCAGGGUCUGGGUUAAAGACGGAGCUGGCUCUGUGACAUGGCCCCACCGCUGCUGCUGCUGCCACCACCUUGCUUUAGCCACCUUUGCUACUCUCCCCCGUGCUUCCCCGGGUGAGGAGUAGGGAGGUGCAGACUCCAACCCCACCCCUCAGGUCUGUGCUAUUUGAUUUUUAAAUGACUGGUUGGGAUAGAACUGUAAAGAAAUAAAACUUCCAGUGGA